UGGAAACUACGACCAUAAUUCCCUGCGGCUUUUUCUCCGAUUUCCAAGAUGGCGCCCGCCGAAGAAAAGAGCGAACACAUGGUUGUAGAAAACUCUGAAAUUCCAAACGAAAAUGCUACAGGGGAUCCAAACCAACCAAGCGUUAUUACUUUAGAAAUUUUACCUGUGAUUAAAGAAAAUCAGUCACAGCAUGGAUUGCGGCAUGGAGAUUAUCAGCGAUACAGGCAAUAUUGUGCUAGAAGGCUAAGGCGACUUUACAAGACCCUUCAUUUCCAACAUGGCUCAAGACAUGCUUUUAAACCAAAGAAACUCACCAAAGAACUGGUCAAAGAUGUCAAGUUUCUGCACAUUCCUCUGAUGGACACCGAAAGAGCAUGGAGUCAAGCCAUGGAGCUUAAGCUGUUAGCCAAUACUGAGCCAAGAAAAAGAUUCCAUCUGAUUCGACGGCUGCAGAAGGCUUCCAAACAUGCACAGGAUCUUGAGAACUUGUGUGACGGGGACAUGUGUGAUGCAAGAACGAAACUAGAAGCCCAGGCUUAUUCCUCCUACAUGAAGGGAAGUGUAAGCUUUGAGUUACAAAACUGGAAAGAGGCUUUAGAGCUUUUUGGCCGAUCUAGGACCAUCUAUGAGAGGCUAGCUGGAGCAUUCUCUGAGGAGCAGCGAAAUAUGUAUCUACAACGGGUAGAGGAAAUAACACCAAAUAUCCGCUACUGUGCAUAUAACCUCGGGGAGAGUGGCACAGACAUUAAUGAUCUCAUGCAGCUGAGGCAUUGUUCAGCAGGUGGUGUGCAGGACCCAGUACUUGCCGCCAAGAUUGAUGAAGUUCUAGCUCAGACCCGCGAGAAAGAAGCUGGUGCCAUGACAGAGGUUGUGUGGUGCAAUCGCACAAUCCCAGUGAGGAAUGAGAAGGUGCGGGGCUUUAUACUCCAUGCCCAACAGAUGGCUAGAGAGCUUGACCGGGCAGAGGACCUUGACGGGCGCAUGGAGCUGUAUGAGGACUUACUUUUAGAGUGCAAGGAUGCUUUGCAAGCAAUAAAGGAUGACCUCAAAGGAGAUCUGUCUACAGGUAAAAACAGGUCACAGAAGACAGAAGCACAAGUUGCCAACCUUCAGUUUCUUCACACUUACGUUACUUACCUCAAGUUGACCAAGACAAUAGAACGCUACCUUCUGCUUGCGGAAUCCAUGAAGAACCAGCUACCGGCUAACCUGCAGGACACUGCAAACGGGUCAGAGCCUCUUCCAAACAAGAAGCUGACAAAGCCUGAAGACAUGGUCAGGAUUUAUGACAUUAUACUACAGAACUUAUCAGACAUGAGUGAGCUCCACAGUGUGGAAGACGAUCUGGAACUCACUAAAGAGAUUGCUGCUCAGACAUUAGAAUACAAGGCGUACAGAUGUUUUUACAUUGCACACUCAUAUCUCUUGGCCAAGAAAUGGCGUGAGGCUGCUGUGUUGUAUGAUCGUGUGACAAGUCAUGCAAAUUCUGCCAUCAGUCACUUUAGAGAGUGCCAGAACUUCCAAUCACAACAGCAGGCAUCCCGACUACAAGAUCUGGCAUCGUUGUCACGUGGCUCAAAGUGCUCUGCGCAUGCUUCGAGUAUUCUUGAUAGUGAAGAGAUCACGGACAAGCUGGCAAGUGCUACCAUCGAAGACAAGACGUUAGCGGAGCGUCUAGACGUAUAUCACGUCGACCAAUCACUGGUCAGCAAGAAACCCCACGUGACCACUUUCCCGCCAGACUUCCAACCAGUGCCGUGCAAACCGCUGUUUUUCGACCUUGCCCUGAACCACGUGGAGUUCCCCUCCCUCGCCGAACGCGUGGAGACCAAGAAAGCUGCUGGGAUCACUGGUUAUUUCAAGGGGUGGCUUUGGGGAGGUGGAAAUUAGGUUGAAUCAAUAUAAUACAACGGUUAAAGUUUUAAGGGUAAGUUCAAACGUCGUAUUAUCCAUGAGCCGUAUUCAAUGCAGAUGCAUGCAAAUGAAUCAAGUCUAUUGUUUCAUUUUGAUUUGCAUGUAUUUGCAUUGAAUACGGCUCAUGGAUAAUACGACGUUAGAACUUAGCCUAAGGAAUCCUCGUCUUAUUAGCGUGUGUUAUUGCUGACAGCCCGUGGAUCAUUAGCUGGAAGUGCUUGGCACGCCUACACUGACAACUAUUUCAGAGAGUUCCUUAGAACUUUGAGCAAGCAAAGGCCAAAAAUCGUGUACUGUACCAACGUCAUUUUUGUGGUGAUCAGUAUAGACUAAGGAGUCGUCUACACUAACACGGAUUCAAAAAUAUACGGAUUCGCCGUAAACGCGUUACUUAAUUCGCGUCCAUACUAUCGUUUUCGCUCGGAUCCAGCCGUCCACACUAACACGGAGUUAACCAUGCGACGCGCGCUACCGUGGCCACCAAUACAAAGUUAACCAUGCGACGCUACCGUGACCACCAAUACAAAGUUUACCAUGCGACGCCCGCUACCGUGACCACCAAUACAACGUUCAUCGUGCGACGCGCGCUACCGUGACCACCAAUACAACGUUCAUCGUGCGACGCGCGCUACCGUGACCAGCAAUACAAACAUGCAAGAAUCUGACUUUUUAUUGACCCGAACUUCGUAACUAGGCUGAGUUCAUCCUGCUUUUGUCUACACUAAAGCAUUUCUUUGCCUAGCUAGUUCGGUAGUGAAGUCCCUGUCAAUCAGAUAGUAACAUUCUCCCAUCCUAAUUGGUUCUUAUUGGAUUACUUUACAAAUCUGUCAAGGUGGCCAGGAGCUUUGCAUACCGACUGACAUUGAAUUGUGAAAUUAUCAAUCAACUAAUUGAGGCCAAGAGACUUGUAAUCAUAUCUUAUGAAAUCAUUAAAAUAUUCCUUGAAAUGGAAAAGCUCAUUAACAC